AUGCUGACCAAGCUCGCAGAACUGAAGAACUUCUUCAACGAGGACGAACUUGGCAUGCAGAUGAAGGAGCUCCGUGACGGACUCUACGAAAUCAUGACAAAAGCAUCAGGUACGUGUCUCUUUGAUGCCACAUUCAAACUAACUAAUUCUCUCUCUAGAGCGGAUGAGGAAGCCGGUGCCCAUGAGAACAAACCUCAAUAUCCCGCAAUGCUUAUGGAACACUGGAAGAAACUGCAGACAUUCUUCCAGGAGGACAAACUCGGCAUGGAGAUGGUGGAAACGAGGCAAAAAAUGUGGGAACUCAUGUGUAGCAUUCAACAGCGUAUGCGUGAGCAGUUGAAGUUGAAUCUGAAGGAACUUCUGAAAGAAGAAUAA